AUGCUGAAAUCCGUUUUCUCAAAGUACGCUCGUGCUAUUACGGGGAGAAAUUUCUCCAGCAGACGCAACGAGAGUCAAGGUCUGCGUUUCUGCUCCUCCACCGCACAUUCUCCCAGAAACAAUUCGGGGAUGUCUGCUUUCAGCGAGAACACUAAGCCAGUUCUCUCUUUGGGGCGGAAAUUUUUGGAUGUGGGAAUGGAGACUGCAUGUGUAGGGGCUGGAACUGCUUGUGGAUAUGUUCUUGCUGCUGCUAUAAUGCCUGAUCAUGCAGCACCUCUCAUAGAAGAUGAAGAGAUAACUAGGUCUUUUAUGAAAGAGACCCAAGAAUUCAUUAUGGAGCACGGUGAGCCUGAGGAUUUGAAAAAACUGGAGGAAUUAAGGGGGUCUUUGGUUAUUGGAAAGUUGUAA